UGGCGGCGGCAGGGCCGAGCGGCGGCGGCGGAGGAGGAGGGCAAGGAGGCGGAGGGGGGAGGUUUGCCGCGCUCUCGCUGUCCUCUCCCUCCCUGCGCGCCGGGCUCGACCUCCCGCCAUGUUGUUGUGAGCCCCUGGCGGCCGAAGGGGGGGCGGGGAGGCAGGAAGGAGAGUGCUGAGAGGAAGAGGAGAGGAGGAGAGGAAGAGGAGGAGGAGGAGAAGGAGGGAAAGGAGGAGGGGGGUGGCGGCGGCGGCGGCGGGCCGGAGGGUGGGCAGGGGUGUCCGAGGCCCCGCUCCGGCUCCCUCGCAGCGAGCAGCGCCGCCAGCCAGCCCGUUCGAUCUGUGGAUGAAAUGAAUCAUGAGUUUCAAGCUCUUACCCUAGAAUCUCGGGGAAUGGGAGAGCUUUUACCUGCCAAAAAGUUUUGGGAACCUGAUGAUUCAGCAAAAGAUGGACAAAAAGGGAUAUUUCUUGGUGAUGAGUGGAGAGAGACUGCAUGGGGAACUCCUCACCAUUCUAUGUCCCAACCUAUUAUGGUACAGAGAAAGCCUGGACAAGGUUUUCAUGGAAACAGUGAAGUAAAUGCUGUAUUGUCUCCACGAUCAGAAAGUGGUGGCCUUGGAGUGAGCAUGGUAGAAUAUGUGUUAAGUUCCUCUCCAGCUGAUAAAUUGGAUUCCCGGUUUAGGAAAGGAGCUUUUGGCACUAGAGAUGCUGAAACAGAUGGACCUGAGAAAGGAGAUCAGAAAGGCAAGGCUUCUCCAUUUGAGGAGGACAAAAACAGAGAUCUUAAACAAGGAGAUGAUGAGGAUGUUACUAAAAUAAAUGGCAGAGGUUUGCCAAAUGGAAUGGAUGCCGAUUGCAAAGAUUUUAAUCGUACCCCUGGAAGUCGCCAAGCCUCCCCAACAGAAGUAGCUGAACGUUUGGGCCCCAAUCCCAGCACCACAGAAGGAUUAGGUCCUCUUCCCAAUCCUACAGCCCACAAGCCUCUGGUAGAAGAAUUUUCAAAUCCAGAAAAUCAGAAUCUAGAUGCCAUGGAACAAGUUGGUCUUGAUUCUCUACAGUUUGACUACCCUGGCAAUCAGGUACAAAUGGACUCUUCAGGGGCUACUGUUGGACUUUUUGACUACAGUUCUCAGCAGCAGCUUUUCCAAAGGACUAAUGCUCUGACUGUUCAGCAGUUAACAGCAGCCCAGCAACAGCAAUACGCACUGGCUGCAGCUCAGCAGCCACACAUAGCAGGCGUAUUCUCAGCAGGCUUGGCUCCAGCUGCUUUUGUGCCAAACCCAUACAUUAUCAGUGCUGCUCCUCCAGGUACUGACCCAUACACUGCAGCUGGAUUAGCUGCAGCAGCUACCCUGGCAGGUCCUGCUGUGGUUCCACCUCAGUAUUAUGGUGUUCCAUGGGGGGUGUAUCCAGCCAAUUUAUUUCAGCAGCAAGCUGCAGCAGCAAAUACCACAGCAAAUCAGCAAGCAGCUUCCCAGGCACAACAGGGACAGCAACCGGUUCUUCGUGCUGGAGCAACUCAGCGCCCACUUACUCCCAACCAGGGUCAGCAAGGGCAGCAGGCAGAGUCACUUGCAGCAGCUGCAGCAGCAAAUCCAGCUUUGGCUUUUGGUCAGGGUCUUGCUACAGGCAUGCCAGGCUACCAAGUACUAGCUCCCACUGCCUAUUAUGAUCAGACUGGUGCCUUAGUAGUAGGCCCUGGAGCAAGAACUGGCCUUGGAGCACCAGUCAGAUUGGUGGCCUCUACUCCUGUUAUAAUCAGUUCUGCAGCAGCACAAGCAGCUGCAGCUGCUUCAGCUGGAGGAACAGCAAACAAUCUCGCGGGAGCCACGAACGGUCUAUUUCGGCCACUUGGUGCCCAGCCACAGCAACAGCAACAGCAAACAAAUAGUAGCCUACAGUCCAGUUCAUUUUAUGGCAGUAACUCUUUGACCAAUAACUCCCAAAGCAGUUCCCUUUUUUCACAUGGUCCUGGCCAACCAGGAAGCACAUCUCUUGGCUUUGGAAGUAGCAGCUCUUUAGGAGCAGCUAUCGGCUCCGCACUUGGUGGAUUUGGCUCAUCAGGAGGACUGACAAAUGGUAGUGGUCGCUAUAUUUCUGCAGCACCCGGUGCAGAAGCCAAGUACCGCAGUGCAGCGGGCACCUCCAGCCUCUUCAGCUCCAGCAGCCAGCUCUUCCCUCCCUCGCGCCUCCGCUACAGCCGCUCGGACAUCAUGCCCUCCGGACGCAGCCGCUUGCUGGAGGAUUUCAGGAACAAUCGUUUCCCAAACCUUCAGCUCAGAGACCUGGUUGGACAUAUUGUUGAAUUUUCCCAAGACCAGCAUGGUUCUAGAUUUAUACAGCAAAAGCUGGAGCGAGCUACCCCAGCUGAGCGCCAGAUGGUAUUUAAUGAGAUCCUGCAAGCAGCAUAUCAGUUGAUGACUGAUGUGUUUGGAAACUAUGUAAUACAGAAGUUCUUUGAGUUUGGAAGCCUGGAUCAGAAGUUAGCCCUGGCAACGCGCAUCCGUGGUCACGUCCUGCCACUGGCCCUGCAGAUGUAUGGCUGUCGUGUUAUUCAGAAAGCUCUUGAGUCAAUCUCACCUGACCAGCAGAAUGAAAUGGUGAAAGAGUUGGAUGGUCAUGUUCUCAAGUGUGUGAAAGAUCAAAAUGGAAAUCAUGUUGUACAAAAAUGUAUUGAGUGUGUUCAGCCCCAGUCGCUCCAGUUCAUCAUUGAUGCAUUCAAAGGACAGGUGUUUGUACUUUCAACUCAUCCAUAUGGUUGUAGAGUAAUUCAGCGUAUUUUGGAACACUGUACUGCUGAGCAGACCUUGCCAAUCUUAGAAGAACUGCAUCAACACACAGAACAGCUAGUGCAGGAUCAAUAUGGAAAUUAUGUUAUUCAACACGUACUGGAGCAUGGUCGUCCUGAAGACAAGAGUAAAAUAGUUUCAGAAAUAAGAGGAAAAGUUCUAGCUCUGAGUCAGCACAAAUUUGCCAGCAAUGUGGUAGAAAAAUGUGUAACUCAUGCUUCUCGGGCUGAAAGAGCUUUGCUUAUUGAUGAGGUCUGCUGCCAGAAUGAUGGUCCUCACAGUGCCUUAUACACCAUGAUGAAGGACCAGUAUGCCAACUAUGUUGUUCAGAAGAUGAUUGAUAUGGCUGAGCCUGGUCAGAGGAAGAUAAUAAUGCACAAGAUUCGGCCCCACAUCACCACGCUGCGUAAGUACACCUAUGGCAAACACAUUCUGGCCAAGCUGGAAAAGUAUUACCUGAAGAACAGUGCUGAUCUGGGGCCAAUUGGUGGACCACCAAAUGGGAUGCUGUAAAAGAAAAAAAAAAAAAAGAAACGGAAGAAGAAAUGAGUUGUGAAUGAUCAAAACAUACAACUUAACUAUAAAUGUUCUGAUUUUUUUAAAUCUAUUUAUUGACUUUGUUCAUCCAUUUGUAAAAUUUUUAUUCUUGUGUAUAUUUUUGGGGAGUGAAUUAUUAAAAAAAAAAAAAAGAAAAAAUAUCUCCAGCCCUGAUCCGGAGACCUAUCAGAUUGGAUGGCUGGCAAAGCACAGAAUGCCUGUAUAUGAUGUAAUUGUAUCAAAAUAGCUGUCACAUAUUUUGUAAAUUUUUACCUUGUAAAGUCACUGAAAUAGUUUUUAAAGGGAAAAAGUACAGUAUUCUUUUAAUACACUGGCUCACAAUCUGGUAGGUCUACCCAGCAUCAUAGCACAACAGGUUUAUAGAGUUGUAUAUAGAAUUAAUCCUUAUUUUUCCCUUUUGUGUGAAGUCUUUUAUACCAGAUGAAAUUUGAUCAGCUGCAUUAGCAUUAUUUAACAUGUUGAAAAGUUAAGUUGUAUUUUGGUGGUUCACAACGUACUAUCCAAAAAAUAAAUAGGGCACAGCAAAUUAAAAAAUGGAAUAAUAGAACUACGGAAAGUGUAAAAGACUUGUUUUCAUCACUUGCUUGGGAUACAGGUUUGUUUUUUUUUUAAAUGGUGCCCUAAGGCUUUGUCUAGCGAUGUAUUAAAAAUGCAAGUGCUGUAUAUACUUAUAUAUUUAAUUGUUGUACAAGGUAGAGGGAUGAAAAUGAUGGUGGUACUUCCACUCAAUAAAGUACACCUUUGGAAAAGGAGUGAACCCUGUAUUAACUUUACAGUCAGUUUUACAAGGCAGGAAGAGUAGAGAUUUGUAUUUUUUUAUUUUGCAUAUAGAAUUGUAAGGAUUUGAAAGUGUUGAGCAUUUAUUUUGCUUUCUCACUGUAGAUGCAAAAAAUAGGUAUUGAUGGAGAGAAAAGGGGCCACUGAAAAGUAAGCUUGAUAGCUCAACAUUUAAGCAUGAUUGAUUAAAUACUCAGCUUUUUUGCUUCCUAUAAAUAUAUGCAUUGUAUACGUGUAGUUAAUAGGUGUAAGUUUACAGUUUAAAAACAAAUCUCUCGUUUCGAUGUUUAUUACAAGCCUUGCUAAUUUAGUAGUGAUGCUUACCUUGGUUGUACAGAUGUACAUUUGUAAACCUUCAUGCUGUAAAUGUAAUUUGUUUUACCCCUUUUUUGGGACAAAAAUUUGCAUUUUAGUGUAUAUUCAUAUCCCCACUCCCUUUUCUCCCCCUGGCAUAUAGUGUUGUAUAAUGUAAAUUUAUUUCAGCAAAUCAAGAGUGAUUUUUUUAAAUUCUAUCUUUAUAUGGUUUCAGAAAUAUGAACCGACUUUCUUUUUAUCUAUUGUGAGAAACAUUAUGUUUUGUUUAUAACAUAGCUGUUGAUUCUGUUAAUAUGGGCACGUUGGGAAAUCAGUCUGUUUGAAUUUUAAGUUGAGAUAAUGAGCAUAGGAAGAAAUGGACUGAAAUACUUGGUUAUCACAGAAACCAAUGCUUCUUCCAUCUUAAUAAAUGUGGCAUGAUUUUUUUGUACAGAAGAGUACUGUAUUUUUGAAUAGCCUUCUCCCAGCGUAAAGCAAAUAUGUAUGAUACUGUCAAUUUUUUUCUCUGGACAUAUGACAUUGUAACAGUGACAUAAAGAUGAUGUACAUUUACAAGCGGCCUUAUGUACAUUUCCCAAUGAUCUUUUUAAGGCAGAAUUGUGACCAUAUGUGUAUAAUUAAAAUCCUUUUUAAUCCUUUGCCUAUGGAAAUAUUUUGGAAAAAAAAAAAAAGCUUACUUUGUAUAUUCAGUUUCUGAAAAGAUAAAGAAAGUGCUUUGUAUGUUGUUGAAGUAAGUAUUUUGUGUAAAACAUUUGUUUGGAUCAACAAGGCAGUUUGAAAGCAAUGUCCUGAGCACUGAUCAAAUAAAAGGCUGUUUAUGGUAGAGGUCUGAUCAUGAGGAAGGAACAUAGCAGUGGUAUAAACUUGUAGAAGGAAUUCUGUCAUAUUACUGUUUAUAUCAGGUUUACAUAAAUCUUAGUAAAGCAGAAGUCUGAGGCGCUACUUUUUCAGUGGUAGCGUUAAGUCAAUAGGCAAAUGGGAAAGUUUGAUCUGGCCUACUCCCAGUUUCUGAAUCUGUCAAAUAGUGCCUGCAUUAAAUGAUACAGUAGGCCUAAUUAUUUUUAGUAAGCACAAUUCUAAUUGCCAAGUAGCUUUUGCAUGGGAGUUCAUAAAAUUCCUCUCGAGAGGUGCAGGCCCUGUCGUUGGAGCCAGAGCUUUCCCGUCCUCACACAAAGGGUGACCUUAGAGCCACUUCCUUGGACACAUGAAUUCUCCUCGGUGUAUUUUACACUGUGUACAAAUGCCAUGUGCUGUAAUCCUCAGAGCUGACAAUUCUUGUCAACGUGUAAGAGACAGUAAGUUGGCUUUUGGGGUCGUCCAGGCAGAAGCUGAUAAUACCCCAGUACUUUGUCCCUGUAGCACUCAUGCCAUGGUGGUAUUUAAACAGUCCUGUAAUUGUCAUCCUUAGUGCUUUCAGUAUCUUGAACAUACCUUCCACUUGCUCUCCUAAAACCAUUUUGCACAAAUUCUAUCCAGGAACGUGAAGAUCACUGGUUUUCCUUUCCACUAUUUUAGGCUUUGGGUAGAACCACUAGAGUUUUUGCUCAAGUAUCGCUUCUUGAUACAGAUUGUUUAUGGACCAGUUUGGUUGGGUUUGAUUCCAGGUGGCUCAUAUUGAAUUAAUGUAAUGUUCACAUGUAUAUACUGUAAAAAUCAAUAUGAAAAUGUGUGAAUAACACUGUGUGAAAUACA